AUGUCACCUUCCGCGGGAAAACGAAAAUUCCGUGGCCAAUCAAACGACGUUCCUUCUACGUUUAGUGGCAGGGUUGUCAUAUGCGCUGGUGGUUUGAUUCAAGCCUGGGGAUGGUCCAGAAUGCCCAGACUGUCACCGAUCAACCCCAAUCCAUUUCACUUUCCAUACGCAACCAAGUGGUCCGCGUAUGGGAUGAAUUACGAAAAAACUCCGCAUCAUUGUGCUCCUGGGUAUCGGACGUUCUUCGAUCAUUUUGAGGAAGAUGAUUUUCGAUGGAGACCCUAUCUUGAACUUGAAGAUGAGGAUCCAACUGAAAGCGAUAUGUGGAGUUCUACAACAUUCAUAAUUUCUUUCACUAUUGUUGAAAUGCAUCAUUCAGAUAGGGUGAAACUCCAAUUCGGAAUUAAACAAGACAUUCCUAGUCCACCUACAUGCAUGGAGAGGUACCACAAGAGUGCAGCGAACGACCAAUGA